AGCCAACUGUUCCUCUCCUGUGGCAGACGCUGGUUGGUUAGCAUUCCCCUAACAACGUGUCGGUGUUUACCGACAUGGCGGGGACCGGCAAGAAGGCCGACGGCCUGUUUCGGCAAAGUAUUGGUUGGCAAACUCUGCUUCGUUUCACAAUCUUGGCCCUAGCAUGGCUCGUCGGUUUCAGCUCGCGGCUGUUUGCCGUUAUACGCUUCGAGAGCAUCAUCCACGAGUUCGACCCAUGGUUCAACUACCGGUCGACGCACUACAUGGUCAAGCAUGGGUUUUACAAUUUCCUAAACUGGUUCGAUGAAAGAGCCUGGUACCCACUUGGAAGGAUAGUGGGUGGAACGGUAUACCCCGGGCUUAUGAUAACAUCUGGGGCUAUCCACUAUGUCCUAAGCCUUCUCCACAUAACCGUACACAUACGAGAUGUAUGCGUCUUCUUAGCACCUGUGUUUAGUGGGCUGACUGCACUUGCAACAUACUUCUUAACAAAAGAACUUUGGAGUGAUGCGGCAGGUCUUUUUGCAGCCUGUUUCAUAGCUAUUGUGCCUGGCUACAUCAGCCGUUCGGUGGCCGGAAGCUAUGACAACGAAGGCAUUGCCAUCUUCGCACUCAUGUUCACAUAUUUCCUGUGGGUCAAGGCAGUCAAAACUGGUGCCAUCUUCUGGGCAGUUCUUACUGCACUUUCCUACUUCUACAUGGUCUCUGCAUGGGGUGGCUAUGUCUUCAUUAUUAACCUCAUUCCACUGCAUGUGUUUGUGCUGCUGCUGAUGAACCGGUUUUCAAACCGAAUCUACAUAGCCUACAACACUUUCUUCAUACUCGGCCUGCUCAUGUCCAUGCAAAUCCCAUUUGUUGGCUUCCAGCCAGUGCGCACUAGUGAGCACAUGGCUUCAGCAGGUGUAUUUGUGCUGUUGAAUGCCUAUGCCCUGCUCAAGUACCUGCAAACCUUUUUCUCCCGGUCCGAGAUGAAGACUUUAUUCUUUGGCGCUGUAGCUGCAGUAGCUGGACUGGUGUUUCUGUCUGUGGUCAUUCUUACCUACGCAGGCUACAUUGCUCCGUGGAGUGGUCGCUUCUACUCCCUUUGGGACACGGGCUAUGCCAAGAUCCACAUUCCAAUCAUUGCCUCAGUAUCCGAGCACCAGCCGACCACGUGGUUCUCCUUCUUCUUUGACCUGCACGCCCUGGUGGCUACAUUUCCAGUUGGCCUCUGGUACUGCGUCAAGAACAUCAAUGAUGAGCGGGUGUUCAUUGUGCUGUAUGCUGUGACAUCGGUGUACUUUGCUGGCGUGAUGGUUCGGCUGAUGCUGACGCUGACGCCUGUGGUGUGCGUGCUGAGUGCCAUUGCCUUCUCGAGCACCCUGAAGCUGUACCUGCAAGAGGAGGAGCCCAAGGCUGGACAGCAGGCCAGCAGCAACCACCAGGGUGGCCAGGCCAGCAGCAGCAGCCAGGGCGACAGCGACGACAGUGACGAUGGCCGCGAGAAGAAGAAGCUCUACGACAAGGCAGGCAAGCUUCGCAAGAUCAAGUCUGACCAAGGUCGUGAGAAUGUGGGCCUAGGCACCAACGUGCGGAGCAUAGUGGUUGUUGUGCUGAUGAUGAUCCUCAUGAUGUUUGCUGUCCACUGCACUUGGGUUACCAGCAAUGCAUAUUCUAGUCCCAGCAUUGUGCUUGCUUCCUACAGCUCGGAUGGAUCAAGGGCCAUUUUGGACGACUUCCGGGAGGCUUACUACUGGCUUUCUCAGAACACCCAUGAAAAUGCACGUGUGAUGUCAUGGUGGGACUACGGGUAUCAGAUAGCAGGCAUGGCCAACCGUACAACUCUGGUAGACAACAAUACAUGGAACAACAGUCACAUCGCACUGGUAGGAAAGGCCAUGUCAUCAAAUGAAACUGCAGCAUAUGAGAUCAUGAAAGCACUGGAUGUGGACUAUGUCCUUGUCAUCUUUGGUGGUGUGAUUGGCUACUCUGGUGAUGACAUUAACAAAUUCCUUUGGAUGGUCAGAAUUGCAGAAGGUGAACACCCCAAGGAUAUAAAGGAAACUGAUUACUUCAAUGACAAAGGAGAGUUCAGAGUAGACGAGUAUGGAUCCCAAACACUGCUCAACUGCCUGAUGUACAAGAUGAGCUAUUACCGCUUUGGUGAAGUCCAGCUCGACUACCGGUCGCCACCCGGCUUUGACCGCACGCGCAACAUGGAGAUAGGCAACAAGCACUUCACCCUCGAGCACCUCGAGGAGGCAUACACGACCGAGCACUGGCUGGUGCGCAUCUUCAAGGUGAAAAAGGAGGCCAACCGUCCACGCAUCCCCUACGUCCAGCGCCAGAUCAAGGCUCGGAGCACCUUUGUCUCCAAAAAGAGCUCCCGCAAGAAGAAGGGAUUCAUCAAAAACAGGCCCAAUGUAGUCAAAGGAAAGAGGUCAGCGAGAAACAUGUAGGACUAUCAAAUCAAAUUUCUUUGCAAGGAAAAGAAGUUGUAAAUGCUGUCCCCAAUGCACGUGGACUUGCGCAUAGUCAUCAUGUGAAGACGAAGAUAUUUCUUUUUUUUUUUUCUUUGUUAUUUUUUACUUGCUACGGACAACCGUGGGUGCCUCCAUCCAGUGUGUUGUGUGUGUGCGCAUCGGAGUGCAAGUUCAGCUUUCGUUCAUCCGCUACGGGUGCAACAGGGGCAAGCACCUGUUCUCUCUCCAUUUUUUUCCUGUGGCAUUCACUACUGUUUGCGCAGCUGACGAAGAGAGAUUCCAUCGCCCAGAGGAAGCUUAGUUUUUAUUUACCACUGUUUUUUGUUGGCUAUUUUUGAACUCUUAUUCUGGGACUUGAGUGAGCAAGCACUUCUGUGGUGGUUUUUUUUUUUUUUUUCUUUCUCAUUACCGUGUGGAUGACUCAUUAUUGGAGAAAGUGUCUGGGGUUGUUGAUAUAAUGAAUUUGCUUUGGUAAAUAAAUACACUAAGGAAGA